UAAAUUAUACAAGGUUUUUCCACAAGAUUCUUGUUCAGCUUUCUCCGACAAAUGGCUAACAAGAACAACAUUGUCAUCGUAUUUGAUUUCGACAAGACGAUCAUCGACGUGGACAGCGAUAAUUGGGUUGUCGAUGAACUUGGCUUCACUGAUUUGUUCGACCAGCUUCUCCCCACUAUGCCUUGGAACUCCCUCAUGGAUCGGAUGAUGAAGGAGCUUCAUGAUCAUGAUAAAACCAUUGAAGAAAUCAAACAAGUCUUGAAAAGAGUCCCUAUUCAUCCUCGUGUCAUCGCUGCCAUCAAAUCUGCUCAUGCUUUAGGGUGCGAGCUGAGAAUAGUGAGCGACGCGAACACGUUAUUUAUCGAAACGAUCCUUGAACAUCUCAAGAUUCGUGAGUAUUUCUCUGAGAUUAACACAAACCCUGGACUUGUAGAUGAACAAGGAAGGUUAAUAAUCUCUCCUUACCACGACUUCACUAAAUCCUCCCACGGUUGCUCUCGUUGCCCUCCUAACAUGUGCAAGGGGUUGAUAAUUGAGAGGAUUCAAGCUUCUUUUGCCAAAGAAGGAAAUAAGAUGAAGAUGAUCUAUCUAGGAGAUGGUGCUAAUGAUUACUGUCCGAGUCUUAGACUCAAACCUGAAGAUUGCAUGAUGCCAAGGAAGAAUUUCCCUGUUUGGGAUUUGAUUAGUCAAAACCCCUCCUUGGUUAAGGCCACGGUUAAAGACUGGACCGAUGGGGAAGCUAUGGAAAGAAUGCUAAUGGGAAAGAUCAACGAGAUUAUAUCAUCAGAUGAAGAAGAAAAGGAGAAGAUGUUGAGCUCUGAUCAUUGCAAGAUGUCUGUUGGGAUUGUUCACGAGCCUUUGGUGCCUCUUGCUCUUCAAGUUCCUCUUAAUCUCGUUAAGUGAUUGAUGAAGAGAACGAGGAAUCUAAGAUUCUUUUGUUUCGAAUAUAGUAUUAUAUCUCUCAUGUACUGGAGUUAUUUGUAUAAGAUACCUAAAGUUGAUUGUUUUGGAUUGGUAUUGAUGUAACUCUCUUGAAAGCUUAAACGGGCCUUAUGUCGGAAUCUUAAUAGACUCACGUAUUAC